AUGAAGCGAUUCGAGGAACUUGUGCGGGCUGGGGCCACAGCACUACCCCGGCUGGCCGUUGAGCCCAGAGGCCUGGAGAGGCUGGCCGAGGCGCUGUCUCGCCUACUCCAAGAGGCGGCCGACGCAGCGGGCCGACGGCCCAGGAAGAACGCGAGAGGCACCCCAUGGUGGAACGAUCAGUGCGCCGGUGCAGCGGCCGAACUAAGAGCUAUGCGGCGGAUCUACCCCACAGGGCACGGCAGAGAGGUCCAGACUGCCCGGCGGGAGCUGCGCCGGGCGGUACGGCGGGCUAAGAGACAUUUCUGGCAGACUGUUCUAGAAGGCGCCGAGAGCAACCAGGAUAUCUAUAAGAUCAUGCGGUGGUCGAGGAAACCGAGCCCGUUCCGGGCCCCGCCUAUACAGAAAGGCGCGGGGCCGCGGACGACAUCCCGGACCCCUGGGCCCCAGAGGUGCUGGCCCCAGGAGGACUCUCGACUGCAGCGUCACGCUCGCGGAUGCGGCAUGCGCCUGCACCUCUACGGGCAACACCUCCCGGGGAUCGACGGCAUCACGGUCCGAAUGCUGCGUCGCGUCUGGAACCACAUCGGCGAGGCGGGCGCCUUUGACACGGUUCUGCGGAACCGGCUCCUCCUACGCCUACGGGAACAGGGCUGGCCAACAAACCUGGUCCGGUGGGCAGGCUGCUUUAUGGAGCAGAGAUCGGCCAGAAUACGGCUCGAGGAUAUAACGACGCCGACAACCCCCCUGACGUGCGGGCUGCCACAGGGCUCCCCGGCCUCCCCGAUUCUCUUCCUCCUCUAUACAGUGCCCAUCUACUCGACAGGGGAACCGAACUCGCGCUUCGGCUACGCAGAUGACGUGGCCACCCUGAUCCGGGGCCGGUCCCUACAGGAGACGGCCGCCCGGGCCACGCGCGCCGCGGGUGAGCUCAUCCAGUGGGGAGCCGAUAAUGGCGUAGUAAAGGAGCCACAGCAGGACCUGCGCUGGCUCGGCGUCUGGUACGACAGAAAGCUCUCAUUCCGCACGCAUGUGGAGAAGUGGGCCGCGAAGGCGAUGACGGCCGCAGGGUUCCUCCAGAACCUCUCAAACACCCGGCGCGGAAUCCUCCCGGUCGACACGGCAUGCGGUCACGGCCUGCGUCCUCCCGAUCCUUUAUACGGCGCCCAUGUAUGGUACCCGGGGCGCUUCGGCCUGUGUGGGGGACUGCCCGCUUAG